AAAUGCUAUAACUUAAAUGCCUUCCGAGUUUAAAAUAUGGAAACUCUACUAAACUGUAUGUAAGGAUUAAAACGCAACAGGAAAUAUAUACAUACAUAUAUAUACAAAAAAAUAAUUCUUACAAAUAAUCAACUAAAAAUCAAUAUGAAUUGCUUUAGUACGAUGAGUGUUCCAACCUUAGGGGAAAUGGAACACAUUAUUAUUAUGCUAGAACGGGGUACGGUAGUGACGAAACUCUAUCCAAAACAUCGACCUGAACAAAGGCGUUUAAUGCUGCUGCGUGAGACACGUCAACUGUUGUGGUCUCCAGUAACUUCAGAUACUCGUACGGAGGCUGAAGGUUCACUAGAGUUACGUGAAAUCCGUGAAAUAAGAGUUGGAAAAUGUUCAAAAGAAUUUCGAAAUUGCUCAGAUGAUAGCAAACGUUUUGAACCAGCUAAAUGUUUUGUAGUUUUAUAUGGAAAUACUUUUAAAUUGAAAACGUUUUCCGUUGUUGCACUUUCUGAACAAGAAGCCGAAAAUUGGGUACGCGGUUUACGUUAUAUGGUGCAGGACACCGUUAAUGCUUCAUAUCCACUUCAAGUUGAACGCUGGUUAAGACGUGAAUAUUAUGCAAUUGAAAACACUGGCACCCAAUCGUCGAAAGAUGGUCGACAAGUGACUGUUAAAGAUCUUAAAUCAUUUUUGUCUACCAUAAGUUGUAAGCUGACAACAAGUAAACUAAUGGAACACUUUCCAGAAGAUAUUGUACGCCGCAAAAACGAUUUAAUAUUCGAUGAUUUCGCACGCUUAUAUGAAAAAUUAUUGUUACCACCUAAAUACUUGGAGGAUUUCUUCUAUACUUCGCCCGGAAAAUUCACUUAUUCAAAAGAUUCACAAAUCGUUACAUUAAAAGAAUUUCAACGUUUCUUAGCUGAAGAACAAAAAGAAACAAUGGAUGAUACAGGAGUAUCAAAUUUUAUAAGAUUUUUCAUACAGGACAUUGAACGCGAAGUUCAAGAGCCAUAUCUCAACAUUUCUGAGUUCAUUGAUUUUUUAUUUUCAAAGCAAAAUGAUUUGUGGGAUCGGAACAGUGAUCGUGUAUACAUGGAUAUGAAACAACCUAUGUCAGCUUAUUGGAUAGCCUCAUCUCAUAACACAUAUCUAACUGGCGACCAAUUUUCAAGUGACUCUUCUUGCGAAGCUUAUGCGCGUGCAUUACGUAUGGGUUGUCGUUGCAUUGAAUUGGACUGCUGGAAUGGACCAGACAAUUUACCAUACAUUUUUCAUGGACAUACAAUGACAUCUAAAAUAAAGUUUAAAGAUGUGAUAAAAACGAUUAAAGAUCAUGCAUUUGUUACAUCAGAAUUUCCAGUUAUUUUAUCUAUUGAACAAAAUUGUUCAUUAGAGCAGCAACGCAAUAUGGCGCAGGCGCUAAUUGAGGAAUUCGGUGAUAUGUUAUUAACACAACGAUGUGAUCGUUCAGAGUCACAACUUCCAUCACCAUACCAACUUAGAAAAAAAAUCAUACUUAAACAUAAAAAAUUACCAGAAUUUGAAGAUAGUUGUGGUGGUAGUUCCACAAGCGGUAGUAAUACCACUGGCACAAUCUCUACCGUUGGUAGUAGAUCUUCUUUAGGUGGUGGUACCGGUGAUGAAAAUGAUAAUGUGCGUAAUAUACUUAAGGAAAGUAAACUUUAUCUUAAAGAUCCAGUCGAUAAAUCUUGGAAUCUCUAUCAUUUUGUUUUGACGCAACAAGAGCUUAUAUAUUCCUCAGAACUAGAUGAACAAAAUCGAGCUGAUGACGAUGAAACUGUUGGUUCAGCAUUAGCAUCUUCGAGUCUAUUGCCUAAGUCAAAAGAUAAUUUCGUUAAUGAUGAAUUGCAUUUUGGAGAAAACUGGUUUCAUGGCAAACUAGAAGGUGGACGUAAAGAGGCUGAUCAACUUUUAGAAGCAUAUAAGCAUCUUGGCGAUGGUACAUUCUUAGUUAGAGAAUCAGCUACAUUUGUGGGUGAUUACAGUCUCUCUUUUUGGCGUAGAAAUCGCGCUAAUCAUUGCCGCAUUAAGUUGAAGCAUGAGAAUGGAGCAACCAAAUAUUAUCUAGUUGACAAUUUUGUAUUCGAUUCACUUUAUUCACUUAUUGUUUACUAUCGUAAAAAUAUGCUACGUAGUUCGGAAUUUUCUAUAACGUUGAAGGAACCAGUGCCACAACCUAAAAAACAUGAGUCUCAGGAAUGGUUUCAUCCUAAUACAACUAAAGAACAAGCUGAACAAGUAUUAAUUAAAUUAGAUGUGGGCUCCUUUUUAGUGCGACCUUCUGUUCAAAGUACCAAUGCAUUUGUUAUAUCCUUUACCAUUAACCGAAAAAUAAAGCACUGUCGCAUUAUGCAGGAGGGUCGGUUAUAUGUCGUAGAUACGACACAAUUUGAAUCUUUAGUUAGUUUAGUCAACUUUUAUAUGCGCAAUCCACUAUACCGAAAUGUAAAGCUUUUAUAUCCAGUUUCACAAGAAGUGUUACGACAAAAGCUGCUUGCUUGUCAAGCUUCGCUAGAGCAACAUAAUGGCAAUGAUUUUAAUGAAGCUUCUAGUUAUAUGGAUCCAAAUUUAGAUGAUCGUGUUACUUGCAAGGCCUUGUAUAGUUAUAUGGCAAAAGAAGCAGAUGAGCUUUCAUUCCCAAAACAUGCCAUUAUAACAAAUGUGUUACGCUACAGCUCAUCAUGGUGGCGUGGGGAUUAUGGUGGCAUGAUGCAAUGCCAUUUACCUUCAAGUUACGUAAAGGUUAUUGAUUCUUCAAAUGAUGACUAUAAUUUAUUUAACGAUGAAGGCAACAGCGAUAACUUCUCAAAAACUGAUUCGAUAGAAAUAAAUGGAGCUGUUGCUUCUCUUUCAGAAUCUGAAGAGCCUGGCAUAUUGAUGAAACUAGAGAUACAAACACCAACAAUGCAAAAUCCAUUUAUAAUUGGUUUUGAUAAUCAAGAGCUGCUAUACGAAUGGAUUAAGGCCAUUCAAGAUGCGGCACAGAUAGCUAGUAAACUAUCAACUGAGCGUCGUAAGAAAGAGCGUUCAGCACGUGUGGCUAAAGAAAUGUCGGAUUUAAUUAUUUAUUUUCGCAGUGUGCCAUUUAGGGAUCACUCUUGGGUGUUUUAUGAAAUGUCUAGCUUUCCAGAAACAAAAGCUGAAAAGCAAUUCCUACAGCAUAAUACAAUGCUAUUUCUUUCGUAUCAUCGAAAUCAAAUAAGUCGCGUGUAUCCAAAAGGACAACGUUUAGACUCCUCUAAUUUUAAUCCUGUGCCAUUUUGGAAUGUAGGCUCGCAAAUGAUAGCACUUAAUUACCAAACUGGCGAUAAAGCUAUGCAGUUAAAUCAAGCGAAAUUUCGUGAUAAUGGACAAUGUGGUUACUUAUUAAAACCAAAAUUUAUGCAAGCUGAAAAUUUUGACCCAAAUAAUCCAAUAGCUAUAAGUACUUUGGAGGAAAAAAUUGUAACAAUACGCAUAAUAGCCGGUCGACAUCUAUUCAGAAGUGGAAAAUCGAACAGUCCGUUAGUGGUUGUUGAAGUUGUUGGCGCAAGUUUCGAUACUGGUCUGAAACAUCGUACGAAAAUCAGUGAAAAUGGCUUUAAUCCUGUAUGGAAUGAAUCUUGUGAAUUUGCAGUAAUUAAUCCACACUUUGCUAUAUUGCGGUUUGAGGUACAAGACGAAGAUAUAUUCGCUGAAACACAAUUGAUCGCACAAGCUUGUUAUCCAUUAAACUGUAUACGCACUGGUUAUCGCAGCGUGACUUUGCGUAAUAAAUUUAGCGAAGAAUUAGAAUUAGCUUCAUUACUAGUACAUAUUGACGUAAAACAAAGAACAAGAUCCUCAUUCGAAUUUAAUUGAUUGAAUUAAUUCAAAAGCACAAACUGAACAAAUAUGCAACUAAUUAAUUGACUAUAAUUGUUGGACUAAAUAUAUAAUAUGCAUUUAUCAAGAGUAAAUAAAAAAUUUACAUAACGAAAUGAAUUGUCAGGAAUAAAUGAAACUAAAGAUGCAAUAAGUGGCAGAACCAAAACUACUAUGCAUGCUUCCAUACUUAAAUCUUAGUAUGUCUAAUAUUUUUCUAAAAGAUGUACUUGGGUUAUUUUAUUUUAUAUGUCAAAGCAAUUUAUU